AUGGUACUCAGUAUCAAGACUCUUUAUGGUAUUCUUAUGAACGCAUAUUGUAAGGCUAAGAAGUAUGAUGAGGCAAUUGGGUUGUAUCGUGAAAUGGAGGCGAAGAAUUACAAGCCUAGCCCUCACAUUUUCUGUACUUUGAUAAAUGGGUUGGGUUCAGAGAGGAGGUUGGAUGAAGCCAUUCAGUAUUUUGAGCUGUCUAAGGUACAUGGUUUUGUCCCCGAGGCACCCACUUUCAAUGCUCUUGUGGGGGCUUAUUGCUGGUCAAUCCGGAUGCAUGAUGUGUAUAGGACAGUUGAUGAGAUGAGAAAAUGUGGGACUGGCCCGAAUUCUCGAACUUAUGACAUAAUACUCCAUCACCUGAUAAAGGCUCGAAGAACUAAAGAGGCAUAUUCAGUCUUCCAAAAAAUGAGCAGUGAGCAAGGCUGCGAGCCAACUGUUAGUACCUAUGAGAUUAUUGUAAGAAUGUUCUGCAAUGAGGACCGCAUAGAUAUGGCGAUGAGAGUUUGGGAUCAGAUGAAGGCCAGUGGCGUUCUUCCUGGAAUGCAUAUGUUUUCUACAUUGAUUAACAGCUUGUGCCAUGAGAAUAAGUUGGAUGAGGCUUGCAGGUACUUUCAGGAGAUGCUUGAUGUGGGUAUUCGGCCACCAGCACAAAUGUUCAGCAAUCUGAAACAAGCUCUUCUUGAUGAAGGGAGGGAGGAUACUGCUUUAAGCUUGGCUCAGAAGAUCGAUAAACUAAGGAAACGGCCAUUAGUUGGUACUGGACACUGAAUAGACAACUGGUGGUGGUGUGUGCUGAUCGCUGCUGAGGACAGACCCGGCUUGAUAGAAUCUUCUUGUAGUACAAGAUUAUUGGCGACCCAUAUGUUUUUGGGUGUUGUAUAAUCUUAUUUUUUAAAAAUAUUUAUUUGUAUACAAGAGUGUUUAUACUUGGUUGUGAAACAAUAGGGACAUGUUUAGGUUCUCAUGUUUGAUUUGAUAACGAGACACCCAUGGUUGGACCUUUCUCAUUUCUUAGGAGGAGUUCUGGCCACUUCUUCUCCUCUCUUCUGCGCCUCAAGAACUCCAGUAAUACCAUGAAUAACCACUCGUUUGCUGGUGUACAUGUCUUGAUCAGUAGCUGGAACUCCAUUGAACAACAAAUUAUAUCCUGAUUUGGUGACAUUGAUGGCGAAACCCUUCAAGAAUGUUGGUAACAAUGCCCCUUUCUUGAAAUUAACGAGAUCACGCCGUAUGAUCCUACAGGGCACAACAUGCCUACGAAAGAUAGAAGGAAACUCACCAUUACUGAAAUUACAGGUAAGGCCGCCAUCACUUUAUCACCAGGAGCAAAAACGGUGAUCUCCGUAAUGUCCUUGGACAGACCUACUAGUUGCAAAUCAAGAAACGACGCAAUAACAGAGUAGUCUCUUGAUCUCAGAACCC